AAUGUAUUCUCCUUUGCAGACUCCAAACCCGCCUUUGCAUGGAAAACUUGCCAAGUGGGCUCCUACUGCUUCCGAAAAGGCACUAAUGUAGUUAUUGAUCAGUGGGCUUUGCAUCAUAAUCCUCAGAUAUGGGGAGAUGAUGUGGAGGAAUUUCGUCCUGAGAGAUUCGAUUCUCUUACGAACGAACAGCUUCGUUCCUUCAUGCCCUUUGGAUCGGGUCCACGUCAAUGUGUGGGCAUGCGAUUUGCACUAAUGGAGAUAAAACUUACACUAUCGAUGCUAUUUUCCAAAUAUAGACUCCGACGAAAAAUCCACAAAGAGGGGUGCAAUCCAGAUCUGAGGAACAUGAAAGCUGUGGGCAUGGAAAAGUGCAUUGGACCCGAUUGUGAUGACUGUCAGAGACACUGGUACAAUCUGGCCAAAAGAAGUCAGGAUACAGUUGGAAAGAAGGCGAUGAGAAAUACCGAUAGUCAAGGAACGGAAGACUGA